CUCCGCGACCGCGCGUCCGCUCGCCCCGCAACUUCAACCAGCGCCGCGGCAGCUGGAGCGACGCCCGAUCGCUGGGGCCACGACUGUCACUGGCGGCCCUUUCCCUGUCGGCUGGAGGAACGGGCGAGCAGCGGCUGUCCACGGAGCCGGAGGUGCAGGGCAGCGAGGGGCGGCGCGUGGGUGCCGAGGUGGUACAUGCCACCCGGCACUAAGCGUCUCCGGGCACCAGGAGCGUUCUCUGCAAGACUGCCAACCAGACUCCCCGAAAUCAUGCUGGUGGGAUCCCAGUCCUUCUCGCCUGGAGGGCCCAAUGGCAUCAUCCGGAGCCAGUCCUUCGCAGGUUUUAGCGGCCUACAGGAAAGGCGAUCCAGGUGUAACUCCUUCAUUGAAAAUGCAUCUGCUCUCAAGAAGCCUCAGGCCAAGCUGAAGAAAAUGCACAAUUUAGGGCACAAAAAUAACAACACUCCUAAAGAGCCUCAGCCGAAGAGGGUGGAAGAGGUUUACAGGGCUCUGAAAAAUGGACUUGAUGAGUACCUGGAGUUUCACCAGACGGAACUGGACAAGUUGACUGCUCAGUUAAAAGAUAUGAAAAGAAACUCUCGCCUGGGUGUGCUGUAUGACCUAGACAAGCAAAUUAAAACGAUCGAAAGGUACAUGCGACGCCUGGAGUUUCACAUUAGUAAGGUAGACGAGCUGUAUGAAGCCUAUUGUAUCCAACGGCGCCUCCAAGAUGGUGCCAGCAAAAUGAAGCAAGCAUUUGCGGCGUCCCCUGCCAGCAAGGCUGCCCGAGAGAGUCUGUCCGAGAUCAACCGCAGCUACAAGGAGUACACAGAGAACAUGUGCACCAUUGAGGCGGAGCUGGAGAGUCUUCUGGGAGAAUUCUCCAUCAAGAUGAAAGGUCUGGCUGGCUUUGCUCGCCUCUGUCCUGGAGAUCAAUAUGAAAUUUUCAUGAAGUAUGGCCGGCAAAGGUGGAAACUGAAGGGCAAAAUAGAAGUGAAUGGCAAACAGAGCUGGGAUGGAGAAGAAACUGUCUUCCUGCCCCUCAUAGUCGGGCUCAUUUCCAUCAAGGUCACAGAACUCAAAGGACUGGCGACUCACAUCCUGGUAGGCAGUGUGACCUGCGAGACUAAAGAGCUGUUUGCAGCCCGCCCCCAGGUGGUGGCUGUUGACAUCAAUGACCUUGGUACCAUCAAGCUGAACCUGGAAAUCACCUGGUAUCCCUUUGAUGUGGAGGACACAACCCCGUCCUCAGGCCCUGGGAACAAGACCGCUGCUCUCCAGCGGAGGAUGUCCAUGUACAGCCAGGGCACCCCAGAGACUCCUACCUUCAAAGACCACUCCUUCUUCAGAUGGUUGCGGCUGUCUGUCUUGAGUGCCUUGCGAGACACUUUCUUUGCCACGCUGCACCACAACCACUCUGUCGGUGACCUGCCUUCCCUCAGCCUGAACCCCAAGGCCCUGCUAGAAUUCUAUUCAAAUCUGCCAGAUGACAUCUUUGAAAAUGGAAAGGCAGCAGAGGAGAAAAGGCCACUGUCCCUCAGCUUUAGUGACCUGCAGGACGGAGACUGUGUCUUCACCUCCAGCUCAGCCACCUCACCCUCCAGUUCACACUCAACCCAUCCAGAGAUUACCAUCACCCCUGCCGAGCUCACCCAUGGCAGCCUGUCCUCACAGAAUGAGGGCACGGAGGACAGUAGCUCCUCAUCUUCCAGGAAUUCCCUGGGUGAGGACCAUGAGCCAAAGACCCCUGCAAAGAAUGAGGUGGUAGAGCCCCGGAAGCCGGGUGUAGCCGCAGAGUCCGGGGCAAAGAGCCUAUUCCUGGAAAAUAGUGUUGCCGAGGCUCUCCUGCAGGAGUCAGACGAGGCCUCUGAGCUCAAGCCCGUGGAACUGGACACAUUUGAAGGAAACAUCACCAAGCAACUAGUGAAGAGGCUCACCUCAGCCGAGGGGCCCAUAGCCACGGAGAAGCUUUUCUUUGAAGGCUCUGUUGGUAGUGAGUCUGAGGCUGGCCGGUCCUUUCUCGACGGCAGCCUGGAAGAUGCCUUCAAUGGACUCUUCCUCGCGUUAGACCCACACAAGGAGAAGUACAAAGAGUUCCGGGAUCUGAACCAGGAAGUCACACACUUGGAUGAUGUCCUCAAAUGCAAGCCGGCAGGCAGCCGCAGCAGAUCCUCCAGCUUAAGUCUGACAGUUGAGAGUGCGUUAGAAAGCUUUGAUUUCCUCAACACCUCUGACUUUGAUGAAGAGGACGAGGAUGGGGAUGAGGCCUGCCACAUCGGAGGAGGAGCAGACUCUGUGUUUUCAGACACUGAGACCGAGAAGCCUGGUUACAGGUCAGUGCACUCGGAAGCCAGAGGCCACCUUAGUGAAGCCCUGACUGAAGACACAGGCGUGGGGACCAGUGUGGCAGGAAGCCCGCUGCCACUGACCACAGGAAACGAGAGCCUGGACAUCACCAUUGUCAAACAUUUACAGUACUGCACCCAGCUCGUCCAGCAAAUCGUCUUCUCCAGCAAAACCCCCUUUGUGGCAAGAAGUCUCCUGGAGAAGCUAUCCAGGCAGGUCCUCGUGAUGGAGAAGCUGGCAGCAGUGAGCGACGAAAACCUCGGUAACAUCACCUCUGUGGUGGAAGCCAUACCAGAAUUCCACAAAAAGCUGUCCUUACUGUCCUUCUGGACCAAGUGCUGCAGCCCAGUCGGGGUCUACCACAGCUCUGCCGACCGAGUGAUCAAGCAGCUGGAAGUCAGCUUCGCCAAAACUGUCAACAAAGAAUAUCCAGGACUGGCAGAAGCAGUGUUUCGAACCCUGGUGUCCCAAAUCCUGGACUGCUCCGAGCCUCUGCUUUCAUCCAGCCUCUGCUCGGAAGUCAUCACUGUGUUCCAGUAUUACAGCUUCUUUACCAGCCAUGGUGUGAGUGACCUGGAGACUUACCUGAGCCAGCUGGCCAGGCAAGUGGCCAUGGUUCAGACGCUGCAGUCCCUGAGAGACGAGAAACUGCUGCAGACGAUGAGCGACUUCACACCCAGCAGCCUCCCUGCCCAACAGGAAGUGCUCAGGACCCUGGCUCUACUGCUCACCAGAGGCGACAGUGAGGUCAGCGAGGCUGUGACUCUCUACUUGGCAGCAGCCUCCAAAAAUGAGCACUUCAGAGAAAAGGCCUUGCUCUAUUACUGUGAAGCACUGACAAAGACCAAUCUCCAGCUGCAGAAGGCAGCAUGCCUGGCCCUAAAGAGCCUGGAGGCCACCGAAAGCAUUAAAAUGCUGGUGACACUGUGCCAGUCUGACACUGAAGAAAUCAGAAACGUGGCCUCGGAAACCCUCUUGUCUCUUGGAGAAGACGGGCGGCUGGCGUAUGAACAGUUAGACAAAUUCCCUCGAGACUGUGUUAAAGUCGGAGGUCGUCAUGGAACUGAAGUUGCCACGGCCUUCUAAAUUUCACGUUAGCACUGCCUGACUGCUGUCCUGAUUGAUGCCUGACCCUUGUCACGAGGGUGCUGUGAUGUGGCCGGAGGGCACCUGGAACUUUCUGAGCGCUGCCGCCGUUGCUGAUGUAGAGACCUCUAAGUCCAAUUGCACUGUGCCGUCUCCUUUUCCUUGGCCCACAGAACAGGGCUGUGGGUUACUCACCAGACCACGUCACGUUGUGUCUGACAGCACUUCAAAGUCCGUCUGACUUCACUGUGGGGUUUGGAAACAGCCAUCUUUGCCCCUGUUUGGAAGUUCAUCUGUAAGCUUGAACUCUUGAGGCGCUCUUUGGAUAAGUAUCAUAUGCCUUGUCCCUUUUCUGCUGUGUUCUCAGGGGGCAGUGGUCCUUGAGCUCCCUACUUUUACUUUGUAAACAAAGCACAAAAAGAAAUUUCUUCAGAUAAAAGUUUUCUUAGAGAGCCUGACGAAAUGAUCGGUUCUAAGAGGCUAGGGUUUGGAGCUGAGGCUGUAGCUCCCUUGGCAGAGUGCUUGCCGGGUAUGCACAGAGCCUGGGCUCAUCUCCAGCACGGCAUAGGCUGGAUGUGCUACUCACGGGAGCUCGGUGCUCCGAAACUGGAGGACGUAGGAUUAGAAAUUCAAAGACAUCCUCAACUAUCUAGGGAGUUCCAGGACAACCUGGGCUACAUCAAGCCAUGGGGGGAGGUGGAACCUAAGUUGUAUAUCUUAGCUUUUUAUAGUUCCUACUAUUCUUUUCAUUUUUCCAUCCUGAGAAUUCCACAUCAUCUAUCCGUAUGGCUUAAAAGAUUAAUUGAAAAGUACUGCUUCAUUAAGAUUGUACCUAUAGUACUGGGAAUAAACAGAAGCCUUGAAGCUCAGGCUUGUGUUCUUUAACAAGAGCCAUCUUUAGUGCACUCUUGUUUUUUUUUUUCUAAUUGUUAUUUGGUUUUUGUUUUAUCUUGAGACAGAGUCUCCCUAUUGCAGUACUGACUGGCCUGGAACUCGAUAUAUAGACCAGGCUGACCUUGAACCUGCAGCAAUUCUCUAGCCUCUGCCUCCAGAGCUGGAAUUUUAGACUCAAGACACGAGCCCUGGUUCCACAUGCGUACUUUUUCCCCAAGACAGAUACAAACCCCAGCAGUGUAGAUUCAAAAAGACGUGCUGUUCUUUCAGGCGGGAACCUAGACUUUGGAUGAGUCCUAACUGGGUAGAAUAGUGGGGUACCGGAAGUGGCAAGGAGCCUGGGUAGCACCUGACCUUGAGAGAUGGAAACUGCUCCAUAGUUUCAACAAUGGCUCAGAACCAGGGUGGAGAUUCAGCAGCUUACUAAGUGUGGAAGGGGAGGGUAAUGCCAAGACAUCACAGCAAAACGUGUGAGUGCAAUUUAAACUGUAUCCUGGAUGUGUUUGUAUGAAAUACCAAUUAAAUAUAGUUUCAAUACAUACAUUCUAGUGAGACUUUGAAAAGGGUCCCUUUCAUUUUAAAGUGAAGGCUGUUUGCCAGGCUUCUGGCAACGUAUUCUUUCAACUGUGAAGUUUCGCUGUACAUAUUUGUAUAUUUGUAAAUAUUAUAUAUAUGCAUAUACCCUUCAUUUUAAACUGUACAGUUAUAGUAUGUAUAGGCUAUAGUCUUUGUUAAAUGGUUGAAAUGUCUCUUUUAUAGGAAGUCAAAUCACAGCUAUUACAGGGAUUUUGUUUGGUUUGUUUGGAAUUUUAAACUUUGACUAUUGCAUGGAUAAUUAAUUUCCCAUCUUUUUAUUCACCUCCAUGUUUAGUUUUGGUUGGGGAAGUGCUUUUAGUUUUGUGGUAUUUGUAUUCAUCACUCUUUCAAUCAUGUAAGUCAAAAUAAAAAUUAUUUUUAAUUACUCGU